UCUCUCGGUUCUCCUCUCAAAUUUACCCCUCUCGAAUCACUUGCGCCUCAUGGUGUAGAGAACAAUCACAAGGGACUUUGGACAAAAGAUACUCUCCUGGAGUUGGAUCGCACGUCGUUCAUCUCCCUCCGACUUAUUUUAUGCAGGCUCUAGCGGCUCGCUGUCUUCCCGCGUUUCUUCGUUGUUUCUGAGAGAAAGAAGAACUGCCCCCCCCCCUUCUUCUACUGGCGGUGUCACCGUUCUUUCUUUCCUCCGCCUUCUCGCAUUCCCGAGCCGGUGCUCCCCAACAAUCGUCAGACUCCUCCUUUCUUCGCCCGUUUCCACGAGACGUCAAUUGGCCACGAGAGUACGUGCGCCAGGCACUGCUGUAACAUCACCAUGUCUACAGAAAAAAGUCUCACGCCGGGUCUGCAGCCCGAUGAUGAGAGAGACAUCGGCGGCUAUGUCUCGGAGCACAGCAAUGAUGACUCCAUGUCGGAGUCGGACAAGGAGAGGGAUUUGCUAGCGCAUCAUGGUCAGGAUCCUGCGCUGAGCAGAAAGAUGUGCCUGGUCAACAAUGCCAUCGACGAGCUCGGUUGGACACCCUACCACACCAAGCUGUUCUUUCUCAAUGGUUUCGGGUACGCGGUUGACUCCCUCGUGAUGCUGCUCCAGUCCGUCAUUGCCGGCCAAGCCUACCUCGAGUUUGGCCAGCACGGGUACGAGACGGCCAUGACGAUUGCUCUCUACGCGGGCAUGUUUGUCGGGUCGCUGUUUUGGGGCUUCGGGGCCGACAUUAUCGGCCGCAAGCACGCCUUCAACUUCUCGCUGAUUAUCUGCUGCGUCGCCACCAUUGUUGCCGGCGGCAUGCCGAACUGGCCCUCGCUCGGCCUCUUCAUUUCGCUUCUCGGCUUCGGCGCUGGCGGCAACCUCGUCUUGGACACCACGGUCUUCCUGGAGUAUCUGCCGGGCAAUAAGCAGUGGGCCGUGACGUUGAUGGCGGCGUGGUGGGGCGUCGGUCAGGCCAUCACGGGCUUUAUCGCUUGGGGUUUCCUUGUCGACGAGAAGUGGAAUUGCUCCUCGGUGGAGACCUGCACCAGGUCCAACAAUAUGGGUUGGCGAUACGUCAUGUUCACCAGCGGCGCUUUGGUCCUGGUCAUGUCGAUCCUCCGCCUUACGCUAGUCCAGCUCAGGGAGACGCCAAAGUACCUGCUCGGCAUGCGGGAGGACAAGCAGGUGGUCGACACCUUUGAAUACCUGGCCAAGAAGUACAACCGUCCCUGCAGCUUGACUCUCGAGAAGCUCGAGGCCUGCGGUACUUUGUCUGUCGAGGCCCACAAGAAGUUUUCGUUCUCCGAGAUGGCCGGCCAUCUCCGUGGUCUCUUCAUCACGCGCAAGAUGAGCAUCUCGACCAUCAUGCUCUGGCUGUCGUGGAUCAUGAUCGGCCUCGUGUACCCUCUGUUCUACGCCUUUCUCCCCAGCUACCUCGCCUCGCUGGGCGCCAACCUCAACGUCACGCCCUUUGAGAAGUGGCGCAACUACACUCUGACCAACAUCAGCGGCAUCUUCAGCCCCAUCCUGGCCGCCUGGAUGUGCAAUAUCCCGCUGCUCGGCCGCCGUUACACGAUGCUUAUCGGCGCGCUGCUGACGUCCGCUUUCUUCUUCGCGUACACGGCGGUGCGCACCAAGGACCAGAACGUCGGCUUCUCGUGCGCAAUCGCGUUUUGCCUAAACAUCUACUACGGCGUGCUGUUUGCCUACACCCCCGAGGUGCUGCCCAGCGCGCACCGCGCGACCGGCAAUGGUGUCGCGAUCGCCGGCAACCGCGUCAUGGGUGCCCUGUCGGCCGUCAUUGCGACCGAGGCAGAUACGGCGACGUCGGCGCCCAUCUUCAUCUGCGGCGGGCUGUUUGCCGCGCUGGGGGUUGUGGCGGCCUUGUUCCCUUUCGAGCCGUACGGGAGGCGGAGUUCUUGAUCCUAUAAUAGAGAGAACAAAAACCAGGGCCGGCAUGCAUUUUUCUGGCCCGUUAGAGUGUUG